AUGGAGAACAUUCAUGAUCAAUUGAGUGUUGUAGAGAACAUCUGCACACAAAAACAGCCGUCGCAACAGUCUAAUCAGACUGGCGGCGACAUUUUCAUCUCAACUGACGACCUUGAUCCACUCACUCAUCAGCAACAUGUGACACGAGAUACGCGAGCUGGUGAAGCCGAUCAUAGCGGCACCUUUAGCAAGGAUUCGAACCUCGUCGAUAAAUCACAACAGUCACAGCUCGAAUACUGCUUGAAGAAAUCCAAUGGCAAAACAGUGAUGACGGGGGGUAAAAUCUCUGUGAGGACUGGCGAGCUGGCGGAAACAUCCCAAGUGAUAAGGAUUCAACAGGUACACUACGUCGGAAAAGUGAUAAAUUCGGAAAAUCAGGAUGUCAUCAACAACCAGGCCGCAAACAACAGCAACAACAACAAUAAUCAUAGCAUCAGCAGCUGCUCCAGCACUUUGGCCGAUGGCUGCAGCGGCAGUAACAGCAGCGGCAGCAGCACAAGCAUCAACAAUAUCGGACUAGCUCUCGCCGGGAGCGACGGCAGCACGGCCAUCUGUACCACGAAUGGAAAUGGACACGAUAAGCAGCAGAACAUAGUCGCAAAAGUGACUAUUCUGCCAAGCGCGUUCGAUCAACUUCUGAUGUCAAGUCCCGAGCCGCAGCAGCAGCAACAACAACAACAGCAGCAGAAACAACCGCACCAGGAGCAGCUCCCCAUGGAGAGCCCAACGUCGUCGACAGACCAGAUCGAGUCGCAGAACACGGUGUAUUUCGAAGGAAUUCUCGACGUCGACGCUCUCGGCGGCAACGCGAAGAUCUUGCGCGCCGCCGACGGUAUGAUUCCCGCGAAAAUCAUCCAAACCAAACCAGCCCGAGUCCGUACUUUCCAGAACGCCUCGGUUCUCCUGGACGCCGAGCCUUCUGAAGCCGGUGUGGGUUCCCAGACUAUAAGCAGCAUACGACCGGUCUGUAUCGUGAAUAAGCCCGAUCAGCACAGCGGCGACGUUGUUCGCGGAAUCGAUGCUCUCCGGCCGGGAUUCAAUUUGCAGCUCCGACCAGACGCAACAUUUUCGGUGAAAGUCGCAAACUCAGCCCAACGUCUCGAUUUGACGCCUACGAUCAUCAAACCCGAAGCUGGGCUCGUCGACGUGACCAGCUGUUUGACGUUCGGGUCCGUCUCCGAGGAUUCAGCGGCCGCUCACGCGACGGCGACUUCUACAGCAACUCCCAAAUCAUCGGAGAUCGCUGAAAGUGACCUCAAGGAAAAAGCCGCCGUCACUGACGACAACAUCGGGAACAACAGCGGAAGCUGCACCAUCCUGAAGGCGGCCAGACAGUUGCUACUCCAUAGACCGAUUCACAAUCCAAUCGACAGCAGAGCGACUCGUUCCCCGGACGCGUUACGCUGUGCGGUGUGCAACAAGCAGUUUUCAACAACGUCGGCUUUGACGAAGCACAAACUCACGCACUCAAACGAAAGAAAGUUCGUAUGUCAGCUCUGCUCAAAGGCGUUUAAGCGACAAGAUCACUUAAAUGGACAUUUGUUGACUCAUAGAGAGAAGAAGCCAUUCGCCUGUGAUACGGAUGGUUGCGACAAGUCGUAUUGCGAUGCACGCUCACUUCGUCGUCACAAGGAUCACCACCACAACCCUUUGACUGUAUCGACGAGCCAGGCGAACUCGUUCAAUGACAGCUCCAAAGUCCUCAAGGACAACGCUUCGAAGAAAUCCCCGAAACCAUGCAGCAACGGAAACAGUGUUCUACUAGAUUUACUUCAAUCUAAAACUCAGAAGGACAAAAAUGAGGAUCGCGUAGAAUGCACUCUGUGCGAUCGAUCGUUCAAAAACGUUGCCGCUCUGAACGGACACAUGCGAUUGCAUGGUGGAUACUUGAAGAAAAGCGAUGACGCGUCGUUUGCUGCUGCCACUAAAGGAGCUCGUACGCAACGGUUACGUUGUGCAAUCGUGAAACCAGCCGACACACAAGCUCUGAUGCCUCCAACAACUCCGGAGCAAAUGUCCAACGGCCAAGUGAUUCGUGCACUGCUCGGUGAAGUCAUCUCUCAGAGGAGUCGCUCAAAACAGAUUGGACAGUUCUCGUUGAAGAAUGACAGUGAUGUAUUUGCGAGCCAGAACGAUAACGUCGAAUUGCCGCCCACCAUCGAGAUCCGAAGCCCGCCACCAGGCUUCAUCGAUUCGGUUCCAUCACCGAACAUCACGGUCGUGCCCGACGAGCCGGACAACGCCGGCGAUUCCAUGCUCCGGAGCGAGUCCGCCCUUGCAGAAAGCGAGAACCCUCCCAACGUCAACGUCUCCACGCUGGGAUCUGCGGCGCGUGCGAACUCUCCAUUCCUACUGUCUCCCGCCGGGGCGAAUUCACGUUCGCCCCUAAACAAUUUCCGAAGGCAUUCCGAGAGCGAUUCCAUGCCAACGAAGAAAAACCGCGAGUGCCGCAUCGCUUCAGACCCGGGAUUCAACCUCGAGCCUCUCUUUGCCGACCUGGGGAGCCUGGCGGCUCACCGCGAGGAUGACGAAGACUUCGGUGAACUUUUCGUUGAUAAUCCAGAGUUUUUCGUCGACUUCGCGGAGGACCCCUUCGAGGAUGUUCCAUCGACAUCAGAAGGCGAUGGCGAGGACUGCGACGACGGCGACGGAGACGAGCAGAAGCCAUCGAAGAACGAUCUGGAUCUGGCGGCCCACGUAAUGUCUCUCAAGAACGCAGAGUGCGGGAGCACGAUGCUCGAAUCGCCGCAGGAUCUUCUCUGCCGGGCGGUCAACUUCAAGCCGAUCCAGGGUGAUCGGAACGAGCCACUCGAGGAAGAAGUGAAGGUGGAGCGAGAUGGGGAAGACGAGCGAUCGACGUGCGCUCCAGGGGCUAACGAAGAAGACGAAGAGGAAGACGACGAGGAGCACGGAUCUCGGCGUAACUCCUGUGCCGAGGACGCUCCACCGAGAAAGAAGCUCAAACCAAAACCUUCACCGCUGUGCAUAACACAGUCGUCUUUGGUGGCAGCUCCGGCAAUCAACUCACCGACUCCAUAUCAGUCGUUGCUCCGAUCACCUCUUCUGAACACCACGCCGUACUCUCCGCCUCCGUACACCCCACCCCCGAUGCUAUCUCCCUGCAGGAAAGCAACGGGUCUCUUCUCGAACCUCGAGCACUCGAUGUCGGUGGCGUCGACCUCUAAAGCACCCGCAUGGUCGUUCGUACCGGUCGCGGAGUCGAUCGCUUCGGAUGUGGUUCCGCAUGUCAACAUCGGGCCCCAAUUCCAAGCCGCGAUUCCUUCUGCUCAAAGCGGUGCUGUAGAGAUACCUAGCACUUCGAUCGCAAAACCAACAGAAGACUAUGCAGAUAGAGAUGAAAUGGCGGAUCUUGUCUGGAAACCAGAGUACGCGCUAAACGUCACCGACGCACAGCUGCAACUGUAUCUGCGGAUCGCCUCGAGCGGUUUGAUCCAGCACGGUGGGGGUCGCAACAUUGAAUUGGCUUUCCAUGUCUUAGCUCUCUGCCGAGGAGAUCUAGACGCUGCGGUUCGGGCAUUCGUGCAGAGCACACGGGGCUUUGCCUUGCCUCCCGACCACCAUCUGCUAUCAUACAACUAUCAAGAAAGUGAGAUCUGGAGUCAGAAACAGAUCGAUGCAUUUCAUCACGCACUCAUCUCUCACGACAAGGAUUUCAGUGCAAUAGCUGCGAGGGUUCGCGGAAAGGAUAUCAAAGCUUGUGUUGAAAUGUAUUACUUCUGGAAGAAGUUUUGUGUUGACGAGUACCGUCGUUUACGUCAGUCCCGAAAGCGCAAAAGUAUUCCCACCACGUACGAAGUCACCGCUGAUUGCAAUGCAUGUGCUCGAUGCCCGUGCAAAGGAGUCGGAUGCUCCAUUUGCCAGGAUUGUUGCGCCGUGCGAGAGAUACCCGGCCGCUCACUCAGCAACUUCAAAGAGGGUUCUUGUUCGUCCGAACAGUAUUUCCCGUGCAAAGUUUGCGGCAGAGUUUUCGAGAAGAUCAAGAGCCGCAACGCACACAUGAAGCGACAUAGCUCUCCAGUUCGCCAUACUUUGAAUCAAUACGACUCAGAAUCAGGAUUUUCGUUCACGUUUUGA